CAGACCGCCAUGACCGUCUCCGGCCCCGUCCGCGAGCGUGUUGCCUCCAUCCACGAUCUGAAGGAUGGCGAGAUCAAGCAAAUCCGCGUGGCCGACAAGCCGGUCCUCCUGUCCCGCGUGAAGGGCCGCUACUAUGUCACCUCGCACCUGUGCCCGCACAAGCGCGUCAACCUGAAGGACGGCAUCAUCUCCGAGGACGGGACCAUCACCUGCCCGGCGCAUGGCGCCUGCUUCCGUCUGGACACCGGCGACAUCGAGGACAUGCCGACCAUGGACGGCCUGGUCACGCACUCGGUGGUCAUUGAGGGGGAGGAUGUCAUUGUUUUCACCACCCACGAGAAGCUGGCGCGCAACCGCCGCGCCCGCGUCAUCAAGUGCGCCCCCCCGGCCUCCACUCGGCCGACCAUCGUCAUUGUGGGCGGCGGCGCUUCCGGUGCCACGGCCGCCGAGGAGCUCCGCGUGUCUGGCUUCGACGGGCGCAUCGUCAUGAUCUCGGCCGAGCCGCACCAGCCGAUCGAUCGCAUCCAGCUGUCCAAGCAGCUGAAGAAGCCCUCGGACAAGUCCAUCGUCGAUGGCGGCAUCAUGCUCCGCGACCGGGACUACUACGAGUCCAUCAAUGUCGAGCUGCAUCUCGGCGACCCGGUGGCCUCCAUCAACACCACCGACAACUUCGUCACCACCGCCGCCGGCCAGCACUUCGAGUUUGACCAGCUGCUGGUUUGCUCCGGUGCCAAUCCCCGGAAUGUGUGGCCCGCCACCGCCGACGCCCGGAACAUGGCUCCCAUCCGCACUCUGGCCGACAUUGACCGUCUGCUGGACGUCACCGACCUGAGCACCGCCCGCGUGGUCAUCGUCGGCGCCGGGUUCAUCGGCCUCGAGACGGCCGCCAUGCUGAAGAAGUCCGUCGGGUCCAUUACCAUGCUCUGCAGCGAGUCGGAGCCCCUGGCCCGCAUCACCGGGUCGGCCAUCUCCGCCGAGGUGAAGCGCGCGCAGCUGGACCAGGGCAUCGACCUGAUCACCGAUGCCCGGGUGCACGGGUUCGACGUGACCCCCGACGGGUCGCGCAUCAAUUCCAUCUCCUUCUCGGUGGCCAACCCGGAGGACGGCUCGGAGCAGCAGCCGACGCGCGAGCUGCAGGCCGACUUCUUUGUCAUCGCCAUCGGGGUCAUCCCGGCGACCAGCUUCGCGGCCGGGGCCCUGCCCCUGCUGCCGGACCAGUCGAUCCCGGUGGACGCGUCCAUGCGGGUGUCCGGCUUUGAGGGGCGCAUUUGGGCCGCCGGCGACCUGGCCACCUUCCCCUAUCUGAACCCGCAUCUCGGGCCGGAGGGCGUCCGCCAGAGCCAGGCUCUGCUGGAGGACCCGGCCACCUCGGGCCAGGUGGCUCGCGUGCGCAUCGAGCACUGGGCCGUGGCCCAGCAGCAGGCCCGCGUGGCGGCCCGGUCCAUGCUCAACGAGCCGGGGGCCAUCUUCGACUCGGUGCCCUUCUUCUGGACCGACCAGUUCCGCCUGACCAUCCAGAGCGCCGGGUCCCUGGUCCCGGCCGAUGGGGCGGCCCCGCGCCAGCACCUGGUCACCCUGCCCCCGAGCAAGACCAAGGGCCCGGCCUAUGCGCUGUACACCUUCGCCCUGGGCCUGGGGGUGCCGGCGGACGUCGGCCCGGGGCCGCGCGAUGAUGAUGUCGUCUGCUCGGUCCUGACUCUCAACCAUCCGGACCUGGCGGCCCACUGCUCGGUGCUCAUGCGUGCCGGGAAGAUGCCCCUGGCUCGGGACAUCGUGGCCGGCCUGUCGCCGCUCGAUGUGGAGACCGUGUCCCAGUCGGCCGUGGUCACCUCCGGCGCUCCCCGAUCCUCGGGCAAGGCGCCGAGCAGUCCCGGCACCGCGGCCAAGGCCGCCGCGCGGGAGAUCCCCCCGAAGGCCGCCGGCUCGCCCACCUCCCCGGCCAUGAUCGCGCUGGCCGUGGCCUUCCUGGCCUUCAUGGCCUUCAUUGUGUUCAAUGAUUCCUCCGCCUCGGCCGAGGCUUCCUAGAUGGUGGUGGUGGCGGCGGCGGCGGCGGCAGUGGCAGCGGCAACGGCGGC